AAUCUGUCUUUGCUUACAAGAGCCACAUCUACCUUCUUCUUCUUAUUUAUUCUUCUCUCUCAGUGUCACUCUUCAGGGGAGGAAAUUAAAAUGGCUCUAUCUAGGAAGCAAUUUUCUUAUGCAAAGAUGGAUAAGGAGGAUCCUAUAGAGUUAAUUCAUCGCAGAGCACAGUUCUUGAUCCACAAACUAUUGGAGAAAGCAGAUUCUCGCAGAAAACCAUCAUGCCUCAGAAUCAGAAUUUCUAAGUUGAAGGUGAAGAUUGGGAACAGAUUAAGGAGGCUCAGGAAGAGAAUAUUGUCUGGUGUCUCUGUAGCUAGAGUUGGGAUUCAAGGACAUGUUGUGAGUCAAAUGAAAACAGUGAAGCGAAUGUUUGGUAGAGGAAGACAAAGCAUUAUAAGCCUUCCUCCUCUCAUGAUCAAAUGAUAUGUGUAUGAAUAUGAUUAGUAUGUGUGUAAUGUAAGCAAAAUUACUAGGAAACUUAUGUUUUGUGCCAUACAAUGUUAAAUGUGGAAUGUUUUUCUCCUUUAA